AUGUCCGCCGACGAAGAGAAGCCCUCGCUCCCCGUCUCCUUUGAGCAGCUCGCUGAGCUCGAGGAUGACUUCGAGCAGGUUGAUCUUGAACUCACCCGCGUCCAGGACAAGCUCACCAAGGACCUCUACGUGAAGCGUGAGAAGAUCAUCGCCGAUAUCCCCCACUUCUGGAACAGCGUCUUCGAGGUCGCCCCCGAGGAGUUUGAGCACGCUUUCAAGGAGACCGAUGGCGAGCUCCUCCUGUCCCUCAAGAACCUGUUCGUCACCCGCUUUGACCUGCCCGAGGGUGACCCUCGCAGCUUCUCCAUCAAGUGGGAGUUUGAGGAGAACGCAUUCUUUGAGGACUCGGUCCUGGAGAAGAAGUUCAUCUACCGCCAGUCCCCCAAGGGCGACGUCUCCGGCCUCGUCUCGGAGCCCGUCAAGAUCCACUGGAAGCCCGGCAAGGACCUGACCAACGGCCUGACCGACCUCGUCCUCAAGGUCCACGCUGAGGAGAAGGCCGGCAAGGCUGACGAGGAGACCGAUGCCAAGAAGGAGCUCAAGAAGAAGAUUGAGGACACCCCCCUGGGUGACCUGAGCUUCUUCACCUGGUUCGCCUUCCGUGGUCCCCGCAUCACCGAGGAGGAGCACAAGGAGUCCCUCAAGAAGGAGGAGGAGAAGCGCCAGCUCCGCAAGGCCGGCAAGCCUGUAGAGGACGACGAGAUGGAGGAGGAUGAGGAGGACGAGGAUGACCUGUUCGACAAGGCCUACGAGUACGAGCCCUACCCCGCUGCUGAUGACCAGGCUCUCUGCAUUGCUGAGGACAUUUGGCCUGAUGCCAUCAAGCUCUACCUGCAAUCCCAGGAAGAUGAUAUCCUGAGCGAGUUCGAGGACCUGGACGACGAGGAUGAGGAGAUGGAGGAGGACGACAAGGCCGAGCCCGCCAGCAAGAAGCGCAAGGCUUAG